CUAAAUGACUAAAAUGUAAAUGUAUACGGCGUUUGCAGGAGUAAUAUCCAGGGGGAGUGGCCAAAACAACAGCAGAAUAACUAGGCAACUGGCAGGUACAGCACUCAGAGGAAUUGAGUUCCUCUAAGUGACACCCCUUCAUUCACAUGCAACUAUAUUUUCUGGAAAAUCAACAAAAUAAUGUAAAGUAGGCCUAAUGCUUUUUUACAUUACUGACAAUGAUUAUGAAACUCGUCCAGAACGUUGUGUCAUCAUAGGUUGAAUGACCUGGUGCUCUCUACUCAGUCAUUUCUCCUGUGGCUGUUGCAAAGGAGAACCAGAUGUCCUAAACCAAGAUUGAAGCCUCCCACAUUUUUGGGGAUUUAGUACCUGUACAACCAAUCAGCCAUGGGAGUCUGUCCUGCUGUGUCCAGGUACUUCCGGAGGUGCAAAUAUAUGAUACUGUUGCUACUCUCGGUCUCCGUUUUGGCUUGGAUCGCCACUUUUGCCGGUGAAACAGUGAAAGCAAAUCAGGAUACCCAUAGGUCAGCACAGACACUUGAGGAUAAUGCUGAGGUCCUGAGGGGGGGCAAGCAAUACUCCAGCAGAUCAGUGACGCAAGUCUUCUCCAAUCCUCUCCCUGAUACCCCACCACCAAAAAAAAGCUGUCCUGAGAAAUCACCACUGCUUCAGGGAGCCCUGAAGCUCACAUUCGAGGACUCUCUAACGCUGAAGGAGGUGGAGCGUGAGAACAGUGGAGUGGCUGUGGGCCAAUACCAGCCUCCAGACUGCCUCGCCCAGCAGAGUGUGGCCAUCCUCAUCCCUCACCGUAACCGGGAGAAACACCUCCUCUACCUCCUGCAUCACCUUCACCCCUUCCUCCAGAGGCAGCAGCUGCACUAUGGCAUCUAUGUCAUCCACCAGGCUGGAGAGGUGACGUUUAAUCGUGCCAAGCUACUUAAUGUGGGGUACUUGGAGGCACUCAAGGACUACGAUUGGGAUUGCUUCGUUUUUCAUGAUGUGGAUCUGGUUCCAGAGAACGACAACAACCUAUACAAGUGUGACCAACAGCCUAAACACUUAGUGGUCGGCAGGAACGCCACAGGAUACAAAUUGCGAUACAAAGGAUACUUUGGAGGGGUGACGGCCAUGACGAAGGACCAGUUUCACAAAGUGAAUGGAUUUUCAAACACUUACUGGGGAUGGGGUGGGGAGGAUGAUGACCUUCGCAUCAGGGUGGAGCUCCAGAAAAUGAAGAUUAUACGGCCACCCCCUCUUAUAGCACGCUAUACCAUGGUAUUUCAUAAAAGAGAUAGCGGAAACGAAAUUAAUAAAGACCGGAUGCUCUUGCUAGGACGAACACCUCAAGUCUGGAGAACAGAUGGCCUUAACACCUGUUCCUACAGUACUCUCUCAGUUGAGAGGCCUCUUCUGUACAUUAAUGUCACAGUGGACAUUGGCAAACCACUGCACUGAGGCUUCAGAGCAUCUGUCUUUCUUUACUGUAUUGAAUACAGUAAUUGUGAUCUGGUAUGUCCAUGCCUACAUGUUAUGUACCUGACCUUGCUGUGACUUGAUUGUUUCAACAAGUAUUUGCAUUCUCAUAGAGCAUGUUGUCAUAUUUUUUAUUGUAAAGAAUCCUGGAUUUGGUCAUUUCUUAAAAUCUCUGGUUGUCAAAUAAAAAUGGGAACCAAGAGUUGCUCUCAAAUCACUCCUACAUGAAUUGAUGAAUGUAGAAGGUAACAUUGGGGAACAAGGGACAACAUGGGACACAUUUUCAUAUAUGAAUCAUUCUCACAUUUGUGAAAGUAUGCUACAUGGAAAUGGAAAUUAAUUGGAAUUUUUAUGAAAUCUUGUUAGAACAGCCGACAACGAUAUCACAGUGUCGAUGGCUUCAUUUUAAAGACAUCACAAGUUUGAUAUUUUUGAUAUGCUGCUACAAGAUUUGUGAAGUACCUCAAACACUCAUGUUGUCAAAUUUCUAAUAUUGUAUAAUACUUUUUCUGUUGCCUUAAUUAAUCCAGUUAUAAAAUAACCAGAGGUCAGGUCAAAUAUAUUGGCACCCUUGCAUGAUUCACUAUUUCUUCUACAAUAAGUUGAAAUUAACCCCAAAAAAUUGUUCUUCACGUGUAUUUGUUUGAUUUACAACUGCACAGGACAAAAAAAAAAGGAACUGAUAUUGCGAUUUUUCACUUCAAAGUCAAAUGGCCUGCAUUAACUAAAAUAGCAAUUCAACCAGUAAAAAAUAAAUAAAAUAAUUCUGCUCCAUUGAAAAGGUACAAGGGUGCCAAUAUUUUUUUGCGUAUAUCUAGAUCCUUGUGGUUCGUCUUGAGUCGAAGCAAGUUGUCCCAUUUAGGCUGUUAAGAGCCACCUACUCUCUUUAUGUGACACUCACCGUUUUGAUCGAAUGUAUUCUUAGUCUAUGCCUGUUUUAACAAUGUUAUGUAUCAAAUCAAAUUGGACUACUGUGUUUACAUUUAAAAAAUAUGGUUUUGGUAUGGCCUGCUCUUUCACAUGUAUGCUUCUGUAAGUUAUGCCUCAUUCAUAUUUGAAUGGUGUGAGGUUACAGCUAUAUAAGUAGUACUAUAGCGUUCAAUAUUUGUUUGUUUCUGUGUUCCUACUUUAUCUGAUAUAGCUGUAAUGAUUGAUGUUAGAAUAUUUUUUGGGAUGCCAUAAUGACUGAUUAAUUAAGCGUGCCUUUUUCGAUGAGACCUUUC